AUGUCUGACUUAUUGGUGCAGGACGCCGGCGGCUUUGUCGUUCCUGCAGCUCGACAGCCUUGCCCGCGGUCGGGCGGCGCGGAGGCAGCAGAUUUUGGGGAGCGGCUGCGGGUGUGGGACCGCGGAGCCCCGGGCGGCAGCGCAGCCCCCGCAGCGGGGCUGUGGGAGGAGGGUGGGUCCCGGCCGGGCCGGAAGGGGCUCUGCUGCCGAUGCCUCGAGGCUUUCGGAGUCGCAGCAUCCCUCGCAGCCGCACGGAUGCAGCCGCAGCGGGGCAGAGCCGCGGCCGGCCCGCCGGCGUUCGGCUGCCGCAAGGACGAGCCCAGCAGGCAGGUCCGGCCCGUGCCGCUGCCGCCAGUGCAGCAGAACCUGAACUAUUACCCGCAGAUCUUCUGGCUGGACGGCUGUGCCGAGGCAGGGGCUCCCUGUCCCCCCGCUGCCCCCGCGGCUCCUUUCCCACCGCCCGUCCCCGAGCGGAGCAGAAAGCCGCGGAACAAGGACAGGGAAAGGAGCAGCGCCGGCUUCCUCGUGAUGUUCUUGCUGAUCCUGGUGGCCUUCACCGGAGUGGGGCUGAGCAUAUUUAAGAUUUUUCACCUGGAGAAGGAAGUGGAUGAGCUCAGAGAGUCUGCCAGCGCCGAGCACAUCCCUCCAGCCUCUCAGAAACUCACAGGGCAGAGGAAGGAGGUGAGGAGGGCAGCCCAUGUCACAGGCAACCCAGCCCAGCAGGACCUGCCUCUGGAGUGGGAGCCCACCUCUGGCCAUGCCUACACCAGUGGCAUCCAGUACCACAAGCGGGGGCUGCUGGUCAGCGAGCCGGGGCUGUACUUCGUGUACUCCAAGGUGCUGUUCCGCGGCAGCGCCUGUGACAGCCAGCUCCUGUCCCACGUGGUGUACAAGAGGAACCCGGCCUCCCCAGGCAGCCUCGUGCUCAUGGAGGACAAGGCCACCAACUUCUGCAUGGGCCAGAGGAUGUGGGCCCGCAGCAGCUACCUGGGGGCUCUCUUCAGGCUCAGGAAGAUGGACAGUUUGCACGUCAACGUCUCCAAAAUCGCCCUGGUAAACUUUGAGGAAUCCAAGACUUUCUUUGGUUUGUUUAAGCUUUGAAAUGGAGCGUGGCUGGCAGCCCCUUCACACGCACACCCCCAUGGAUGCGUGAGGGCUGAGUGCUGCCUGGGCACCACAAAACCCACCCAGAAACCUUGUUUGGGCUUCAGCAUGAGGGGAUCCAAGCAACUGGGAAAGGCUUAAAAGCACCAGGGCUGUGCUGCAUCAGCCUGAACAGAAUUGCACACGUUCUCCUUAC